UCCCAAGAACUCUCGCUGGCCUACAAACGCAAAAAAACCUCAAAAAAUAGCACCCACAAUUUAGAAUCUACUAUACCGAACUCCUGUUGCCGACAGUCAGCAACAAACUCCCCCUCAAAUGUUCCCUUUCCACGUUCAGGCAACAACUUGCUCUAUCCUCGCCCAGAAGGAGGUUGUCUCUGCCAACCAAUACCAACAAAUGGCUCUUCUCCAAUCAGAAUCGACGUUCGCGCUAUCAAAGAGUGCACUUGCGAGUGUCCUUUUUCUCCAGAAUGCGCUUGUCCUCCCAGUGAGCGCAGAUUUUUACCAGUUAAAAAACAUUGUCCCAACUCUCGACUUUGUCAACCACCGAUGUUUCGUCUUCCUCUCCGACUUAGAUGUCGUUGUACAAAGUGCCAAAAACUUGGAUCUUUUCCAGUUCCUUGCAAUCCUUGCACUGCUACCAAAUGCUCGGUUGGUCAGAAAGAAUGUAGUAGCUUUAAGAAUUGUAAAGUUGAUAAAGAUAUUCCUGUAAAAAUUAUCGACAUAAAGAUUGAUCAAGAUCAAUCUACUCUCGGUAAGGAAGAAACAACUAUAAAGAGGCAGGUUUCUUAUAAUGAUACGGUUGAAAUCAGAGAAGAUGUCAUUGAUUUGCUUUACCUAUUUCCUGUAGAAAAUCAGGAAGAUCCGCCUAUUGAUAACGAACAUAAGGUUGUUAUUGAAAAUAAGGAAAAUAAGGUUAAAUCGUGUCCGGAAGGUUGUGGAGCCCGUUGUUUGUGUUCGGAGAGAUGUAGAGAGAAUAAAGGAUCUAAGGAUGAUUUUUUUAAAAAAGAGAGGACAGAAAAUGAAGAGAUUAAAGAAUUGGAGAGGGGAGAAAAGGAUGGAGAAAGUUUAGAGAGCGAUGAGUGGACUUUUGUAGACGUCGAGUGCAAGAAUAAACCGAUAAAAUUGUUGAAGGCUAUAGAUGAGAAAAAAAAUCUCGUUAAAAUGAAUCCAAAGAAUCAAGUCUUUAUCUUAUCGCUUACAUUAAUCUCCACCGCUAUUACAACCGUUAAAUCCCAACAAAAAGUCAGCAAAAAUAGUGUCGAAGGGUGUGGAGAGUGUGCUUAUUACCGAUGCCCCGAAAAUUCUACCAAGUGCUUACUGGGCUCUGUUAAGGAUCCUUGUAAUUGUUGCAAAGCCGGAAAGUGCGCGAGACUUGAAGGUGAAACAUGCUGGAAUUCGAGUAUCUCCAAAUUGCCCAUGAUUAAUCGCAAUGAAGGUUAUUGCAGCAAUAAUUAUCGUUGUUUAUUGAGAGAUGACCUACUUGAACAGGACAGCCCAGAAGCAAUAUGUGUGUGUAUGGAACAAAGCCCGGCAUGCGGAAGUAACAAUAUAACUUAUGCGACACCAUGUGCAUUGCAUGAGGAGGCAAUAAGGGUGAAAAAUAAAUCCCUUAAACUUAAACACCUCGGGCCGUGCCUGAGCCGGCCUUGGAUUCUCGCCCCCCUUGAUAAUCUAUUUGUUAAAUACGGCCAGAGAUUAGCUAUUAAUUGUGAAGCUAAGGGCUUUCCAAUCCCCGACAUAUUUUGGGAGUUUCACUCAACAGAUGGCCGGGUUAUUAGACUGCCAAAUCAAGACUACGGGAGCACAGUAAACACUCGUGAAGAAUCGGAGCAAUUUAUGCGGACAUCUUGGAUGCAAGUCGGUAAGAUGACACGCGACCAUAUCGGCACCUACCAAUGUAUUGCCAACAACAGUAUAGGGGACGUCAGCUCGGAAUCUAUAGUUUCUACUUUA